AUGCAAGCCGAGCUUGAGCCCACCGUCCGCAUCCGUGAACUUUUGAAAGAUCGUGUUGAUUUUGUGCUUGAAAAUGUCGACUUGGCUUUCGCGAACUCCCUACGCAGGGUCAUGAUGGCUGACAUUCCAACCGUCGCUAUCGACAUGGUGGAAGUCCAAGAAAAUACCACCGUAUUACCCGACGAAUUCAUCUCGCAUCGAUUGGGUAUGAUUCCCCUCGUCAGCGCCAACUGUGACGAAGCAAUCCGUUACAAUCGAGAUUGCACGUGCUCCACUGCCUGCCAGAACUGCGCUGUCGAGCUACAACUAAACGUGUCUAUGACCGGCGAGGGGACACUGGACGUGACUAGCGACCACAUCGACGUGGUUCGCAAACGCGAUUGGGAUGGCGAGUACUACGAGGAUGGCGAGGAGUGCUUGAAGCGUAUAGAAACCUUCGGGCAGCCGGUUGGAAAAGGUGAACCCGGUAAUCAGCCAGUGCUGAUCUGCAAACUACGCAAGGGCCAAGGCAUCAAGGUACGAUGUAUCGCAAAGAAGGGUCUCGCAAAGGAGCACGCAAAAUGGUCGCCUUGCUCGGCUGUCUCGUUCGAAUACGACCCGCACAACCGCCUUCGCCACACCUCCUACUGGUUUGAAGACGAUAUCAAGAAGGAGUGGCCACUUUCACAUAAUGCGCAGGAGGAAGAGCCACCGCGAGACGAUGAGCCGUUCGACUACAACUUGAAGCCAAAUAAGUACUACUUCUGUGUCGAGACGGAUGGUUCCCUCGGUCCGCAAGAGGUUGUGAUGAAGGGCCUGGCAGAACUACAGCAGAAACUUGCGAACCUUAUUCUCGGACUAAAGUCAGAUCCAACAGACGUAGAUGGGUUUGCAGGGAGCGGCGCAGCUCUGGGUGGCGACGGUUCAACAGGGGUCGAUGGUGCGACGAAUGGCGCGUGGGGAGGAGCAGCGACGAGCCCUGCCACAGGCGGCGCAGGGUGGGGAGGAAGCCCCGCAACUUCCGGGGGCGGCUGGGGGGCAACAUCGGGUUCGCCGGGUACGGGAUGGGGCGCAUCUGGUGCCGGCGGCAAUAGUACCUCUCCCGCUGCAGGAUGGGGUGGCGCUGCCGCAACCAGUCCAGCUGCAGGAUGGGGAGCUGGCUCAAGUGGCGGCGCGACUAGCGGAUGGGGCUCUUCAAGCCCAAGCGGAGGUGGCUGGGGUAGUAGCAGUCCUAGGCAAGGCGGUUGGAAUGUGUAA